UUUUCUCCAAACCACUUCUUCCAACGUCGAACUGUGUGUUUUGUUGUCAUGUUGUUGUUGUUUAUCGUGUUAUUAGCAGUUAUCAUCCGCUCUUCAUCUGGCGCGAGCGGACCGUAGUACUGGGGGUGUUGCCCUGAGCACCUCACGCGCGCGCACAGAUCGGUGCUGCGGGGACGCGCCUCGGCUGUACGCGGACGCUCCGGGUUGAGAGCGAACAGGGAAAGUGAGCGCGGCUGAGGUUGGGGCCGCGCACGCGCCCGGCGUGUGCCAGUCGCGCACCUCGAGCGUGCGGAGGAGCCGCCGCUGAAGUGAGACGGGUUCGAGAGGAGCGACAGCGACCAGGGCGGAGGGUGUGAGGUGAUGACGAUGAGAACGAUGAGGAGGAUGAGGAAACCGGAGCGCAGCUGAGCUCAGCAGCACCGGGGGGCGGCGGUCCGUCAGCACGCAGCCACAGGGGAGAAGAUCACAUUCACAAGCAAGUCGCCUGGUCCAGGCUCUGCAGGGGACCAUUGUUGUCCUCUCCUCCUCCUUCUUCUUCGGAAGAUCUCCGCACUUCUGCUCACGGUUUAACUGAUCGAUGAGGUCACCGAUUUCACCAUGGGACACAUGAGCACACUGAUCCUACCUGCAUGCUGCUGUGACCCGGUCCUGUUCCGUUUCUUAAUGCAACAAAAAGUUGUGUUCAUACAGUGUUGCUCAGGUGGUGUCCACAUGUAGCAUUUUCCCGACCUGCCGCGCCAAAGCACCUGCCCAGGAAGCGGAGAUGCAGAUUCCAGAGCGCACCAUCUGAGCCAUGAAGACUCUCAAGUGUAGCGAAGAGGAAGAGUUAACUUUCGCCGUCGUCACUGCACCCGUCUGCCAAGGAGUCCAGCUCACCUGUGUGUCCGUAAGCGACCGACCCAGCUGGUUCCGGUUUUCAGGUUCGGCUGGACCUGAGCAGGCUCGACUGUCAUGAUUCUCCUGUUACUGUUUGCCGUUGUCGCAUCCUCCCGAUAGACUGCAGCCCCCGAGUCUUCACGACCGCGCCUCUGGGCAAGGACACGCCAGGACGGGGGGCUGGCAGAAAGACAUCCAUGCAGGCGCGCAAGAAAUAUGUCCUUCUGACCGUCUGCGCCUGCUGCUGGCUGCUGCUUGUCUACUGGGGCGGGAUCCAGGUGCGCCUGCUCAGGCUGCUGGGCCAGCCGCGGACCGAGGAUGUGCGGCUGUGGCCCGAAUGGGCCGACCAGGAGCUGCUGUUGGGCUUCGCCGACCUCGAGGAGCUGCAGGCAGACGAGUUGGCGGGCGAGUCGCCGCAACAGCGACGCCAGGCCUGGUCUGGCAUCUACCGAGAUGGGCGCUGCCGCAUGGAGACUUGCUUUGACUUCUCCCGGUGCCGCGGGCGGGACGGUUUCCGCGUGUACGUGUACCCGCCGGAGAAAGGCGAGCGCAUAUCCGAGAGCUACCGCAAGAUCCUGGCAUCCAUCGCCGAGUCCCGCUACCACACGUCCGACCCACGCGAGGCCUGUCUGUUCGUGUUGGGCAUCGACACGCUGGACCGGGACCAGCUCUCGGCACAGUAUGUGCCUAAUGUGGACGAGCGCAUCCGUGGGUACCCUCUGUGGAACGACGGGCGCAACCACCUUAUCUUCAACCUGUAUUCAGGUACCUGGCCCAACUACACGGAGGACCUGGGUUUCCGCGUGGGUCAGGCCAUAUUAGCCAAGGCCAGCCUGAACGUGGAGCACUUCCGACCCGGCUUUGACGUCUCCAUCCCACUGUUCUCUAAAGACCACCCGCAGAAGGGCGGAGAACGGGGCUGGCUGGAGCGCAACUCCGUUCCCCCCCGGCGCAAGUACCUGCUGAUGUUCAAGGGAAAACGCUAUCUGACUGGGAUCGGCUCGGACACGCGCAAUGCCUUGCACCACAUCCACAACGGCAAAGACAUUGUGUCCCUCACCACCUGCCGCCACGGCAAAGACUGGGAGAAGCACAAGGAUGGACGCUGUGACCAUGACAACCUGGAGUAUGAGAGGUAUGACUACCAGGAGCUUCUGCACAACUCCACCUUCUGUCUGGUCCCUCGAGGGCGACGUCUUGGAUCGUUCCGCUUCCUGGAAUCUCUGCAGGCGGCCUGUAUCCCAGUGUUGCUAAGCAACGGCUGGGAGCUGCCCUUUUCUGAUGUCAUCCAGUGGAACCAGGCUGUCAUCGAGGGGGACGAGAGGCUGCUGCUGCAGGUGCCCACCACGGUGCAUGCUGUUGAUGAUGAGAAGGUGCUGGCGCUGAGGCAGCGAACGCAGCUGCUGUGGGACGCCUACUUCUCCUCGGUUGACAAGAUCGUGCUCACUACACUGGAGAUCAUCAAGGACCGGGUGUUCUCCUACGUCUCGAGAAACAAGCUGAUGUGGAACGCCCUUCCUGGCGGCCUGCUCGUGCUGCCAGAGUACUCGACGCACCUGGCGCACUUCCCCUUCUACUACCUGAGCCAAGGCAUGAGCCCUGGACAGGAGUUCACCGCCGUCAUUCACGCCGUGAGCCCGCUGGUCUCCCAGUCUCAGCCAAUCAUGAGGCUCCUUCAGGUGGUCUCCAAGUCCAAGUACUGUUCGCAGAUCAUCAUCCUAUGGAACAGUGAGAAGCCACCCCCCGCUAGGAGUAAGUGGCCCCCCAUGCCUGUCCCCCUGACGGUGAUGGACGGCAGGAAGAAGACGACGAGUCGCUUCCUGCCCCACGUUGCCAUAGAAACGGAGGCGGUGCUCAGCCUGGACGAGGACACGGUUCUGCUGACGAGUGAGGUGAACUUUGCCUUCCUGGUGUGGCGCAGCUUCCCGGAGCGCAUCGUCGGCUAUCCGCCCCGGAGCCAUUUCUGGGAUCCUGUAAAGCGCGUGUGGGGCUACACCUCCAAGUGGACCAACGAGUACUCCAUCGUCCUGACCGGAGCCGCCUUCUAUCACAGGUAUUACCACCACCUGUUCUCCCAGUACCUGCCCCCCUCGCUGCGGGCCCUGGUGGACCACACCUCGAACUGCGAGGACAUCCUCAUGAACUUCCUGGUGUCCUCAGUCACCCACCUGCCGCCCAUCAAAGUGGCGCAGAGGAAGCAGCACAAAGAGGCGGCGAGCCCCCAGGGAGCGAAGAACGCCCCCUGGUCGAACCCGGAGCACUUUACUCAGAGACAAGAGUGUGUGAACGCCUUUGCCAGCUGGUUUGGUUACAUGCCCCUGGUCCACUCCCAGCUCCGCUUGGAUCCAGUGCUCUUCAGGGACCAGGUGUCCGUCCUGCGCAAGAAAUACAAGGACCUGGAGCGUGCCUGAGAUGGACAGGUGGACCUCCGAGGGGGACUCUUGCGGCUUCGUGGAUGGAAACCCCCACACAAAACGAGGGGCUUGCCCAAGGUCCCGCCCCUUUCAGGAGCACUCAGAAUAGACAACCUAGAGAAUGACAAACACCCAGGACAUGAUGGCACGUGCCAGACUCCUGCUUUUGUUCAACCCCCAUGCCCACCAUGCUAGCUGAACCCAUGUGGGUGGGGACAGAGGAGUUGGUGGUCCACCGCUGUGGCUGAAAUGGAUGGGUUUUAUACCCUGUGAGAGGAGCCCUGAGGCACCUCGGAUGGACAACUGCUAACCGUAAGGGCUCCAAUUCGGUUUAUCUGGCAGGAAGUUUUUCCUGGCACUAAUUGCUAACUUGCACCAGGGACAAAUCACCCCCUGCAGAGCCAAUAAAACAUUUCUUACAUGUAAAAUCUUGCUUAUUGAGCAAAGGUAAGAGCUGUUUGUUCACAAAAUGGUAUUGUUUUUAUUUGUGCAUUUUAAGUAGCUGGAGCCUGUGGUAGGAGGUAAAAGCAUUUAGUAACAACCCCUGUCUCCCCCAGAAGGCAUCACCAAUAUUCACAACUGCUCAGCAUGCGUGUAAGGAGCCCAGCUGUGUGAACUGUCGUGGUGCCAAAGAGCACUGGA